CUUAAUCUCUUUCAAUUUUUAACCGACUGGGAUAUGGUCAUUGUCAUAGUGGUUGAAGAAAGUAGGUGCUUUUGAAUUCUCCAUGUUUGACCGACUGAAAGAGAAGGAGAGCUUACAUGAACACGGCAAUUGACUUGGAAUAACGUUCCACUUGUUGAUUUCCUGCGAAACCUCACCCUCUCAUUUAGAGAAAUUGCCUAAACAAAACGUCGAAACCAAGACUCAGUCGUUCGUCUUCUUGUCUUGUUUCUCCUCAUACAAUAGUUAUUAUUAUUUUCUCUCUCUAAUUUCCUUUUCGUCAAAAAAGUCUCCUUUUCUGUACCCACUACGCUCAGAGUCGCAGAGCCUCCUUGUGUUUGUUUAAUCCAGCAAAGAUUGACAAAGUAAGCAGCCGCUUAUCCCAGUUGAAAAUUCUCUGUAAUCAAUACCAUCAUAGGAAGCUUUUUUUCACUGUUUUCCUUCUUUCUUUCUUUGAAUUCUUGAAUGCUGGAUGCAGCACCAACAUCAAUAAGCUUUUCUUUCUUUUGUCUGUAUACAAUCCAACUGGUUUUUUUCUGAUGGGGAUUUGCUGGAGUUCUCCAGCUACUACUAGUCCUACACCUGCCACCACUGAUCAUCUCCGCUCAGCGGGGAUAUCUCAGACAACUACCAAUACAACUUCCUCUCGAAGUACCAAUACAGCGUCUUCUCAGGGUAGCAACGUCUCCGGGAAUAGCAAAUUUUCUGGGAGAAGCAGUGAUGUCGCUUUUCCAAAUGGGCAGAUCUUGCCCACCCCCAACUUGAGGAUAUUCUCUUUUGCAGAAUUGAGGGCUGCCACCAAGAAUUUUAGACCUGACACAGUUCUUGGAGAGGGAGGAUUUGGUAAAGUCUUCAAAGGCUGGCUUGAUGAGAAGGCAACAGGGAAAAGUGGAAGCGGAAAUAUAAUUGCAGUAAAAAAGUUGAAUUCUGAGAGCUUGCAAGGACUUGAAGAAUGGCAGUCAGAGGUACAAUUCUUGGGAAGGCUUUAUCAUCCUAACCUUGUAAGGCUGAUAGGAUACUGUUGGGAAGAUAAGGAGCUUCUCCUAGUUUAUGAAUUCAUGCAAAAGGGAAGCCUGGAAAACCAUUUAUUUGGAAGGGGUUCAACUGUUCAGCCACUUCCAUGGGACAUAAGACUCAAAAUUGCUAUAGGAGCAGCCCGGGGCCUUGCUUUCUUGCAUACAUCAGAGAAGCAAGUGAUUUAUAGAGAUUUUAAGGCCUCAAACAUAUUGCUUGAUGGGUCUUACACAGCCAAGAUUUCAGAUUUUGGUUUGGCGAAAUUGGGGCCUUCUGCUAGUCAAUCUCAUGUGACAACAAGGGUGAUGGGCACCUAUGGUUAUGCAGCUCCAGAGUAUGUUGCGACAGGGCAUUUAUAUGUGAAAAGUGAUGUGUACGGUUUUGGGGUUGUCCUAGUCGAGAUUUUGACUGCCUUGCGGGCACUUGAUACAAACCGUCCAAGUGGGAGACAUAAUCUGGUUGACUGGAUCAAACCAUAUUUAUAUGAUAAAAGAAAGCUGAAGAGCAUUAUGGACUCUCGGUUAGAGGGGAAAUAUCCUUCAAAAGCAGCAUUCCGAAUUGCUCAGCUUGCUGUAAAUUGUAUUGAAUCUGAACCCAAGCAUCGACCAUCUAUGAAAGAAGUUGUAGAGACAUUGGAAAGGAUUGAAGCAAGUAAUGAGAGGCCAAGAGAACCUAAAGUUCGUUCUAACCACCAAAACAGCCACCAACCUUUGCAGUAUCGUUCUCCGCUUCAUCCAAGGCAGGAUGGAAGUAGAGCAUGUCAACAACCUCCACGAGUGAGGUAAAUGGGUGCAACUACUUCCAAGUAAGCAUAAAUCCUUAAGUUUAUGGUGGUUUGUCUGUCAAAUAGUUGUCAUAUCAUUACUCAUGUAAUAUUGUAAAAUCGAUAGCUGAGUUAUUGUUGCAACGUUGACUUGUAUGUAUCAUUAGUGUUUUGGUGGUGAACCUGUAAUUAUUUUUCCGGAUCAAAGAGGUGUGUUGAGAAGGAUGUACGCCAUAUGCAGAGUACUUACUCUUCUAUUGCAAGAGGAGAAUUCAUUGUUCCACAAUAAAUGAUGCCAAUUGCAGAUGGUUGUAGACAAAUCUGGACUGGGAUUUCACUGGUGGUGCCAACUAUGAAAAAUUCAUUUCAUUCACAUUCUUUUCUACGCGAGCUUCAUUUACCAAUUUUAUUUCGCCUUGCAUUGAACUAAAAAAGUAGUUGCUGAAGAAAAUUGUGAUCCCCAGCUCAACAUUUGUACUGCUUGCCCAAUUGUGUUGACCACUAUAAUUUAUAUAAAUGGCAAUUACAAAGAGCUGAUGACUUCUCUUC